CCUGCGGGUAGCAAAGAAACCGUGAGAAGGAGAUAAUCGCACCACAGCACUUGCUCAUCCUCAGUUUUACCUGUGACACCUUAGCAAUGAUAAAACGGCACAGCAAAGGGGCCACGUAGGGGAGUUUACGGAUAGUAUUAGCUUACAGCUAAGACUAGCCUAUUAUAUAAAAUAAUAGGCCUAUCUAUUGGGGAUAUUCGUUUGUACCGACUUGAAGUAACUUUGGAUAACUAGGACAGUGACUAUCGGAGAACAUCGCUUUCUCUUACACACUGUAUGAAGCUGAGAGUGGAAGCACCAUGAGUCGGAAAACUAGACGCUGGAUUUUUCGGGUUUUGCUUUGCCUUGGGAUUGUCUAUUUGAAAAUCGGGUGAGUUUGUCAUUGGCAUGUUCAUUAGGUAGCCCAUGUUCCUAAAUAUCAGAAUAGAAAACAUAAGAGUAGCCUAUAACAGAAAGAUUCGGAUGUCAAGUUUGUUUGAAUAGACAUAGCCUACAUUUCUAUAAAUUAAACUGUAUUUAAAUUAUUCUAAUUAUUCAUCUAACUAAGCUAUGUUCAUUGCUUGUUUGACAUUGACCCGUCAUCAGUUCUGAUAGUUUCAUUAUUCUGUUCUAAAAAGUAUAUAGAGUUUGAGUUUUUACAGUUAGAAACCACCUGACAAAAGGUUGAUUCUGACCUCUUUGCCUGUCUAUAGGCUACACAUCAAAUACAUGAAUUCCGGGUAAAUGUAUAAAUUAGAGAUGGCUUCAGAUUUAUCCUUCAUAUUUUUUAACACACUUGUAUUUCACUCAAAGACAGGUUAAUUGAGUUGAAGAGAAACCAUGUCAUCACCUCUUAAAUAUCUCUCGUAUUUCUACAGCCCUUAUUGUUUUAUAACCUCCACUAGAUACGGAAAACAAUAAAUGCGCGUUAAAAUUGUAUGAAUGUAAACAUGGUUUUCAAAGUCCUAAAGGCUAUCUGGCAGUCAGUACAUUCUCUCUAAAUAACCCCAAAACUACAAUAUGCCAUUGUUAGAUGGAUAAAAAAAAUAUGUCAUUCAAUGUCUAACUAUUAUACCCUUACAGUGGCUUUUCAUCGGUGGUCGCGCUAGGUGCGAGUAUAAUCUGUAACAAGAUUCCCGGUUUGGCUCCCAGACAGCGGAUAAUCUGUCAGAGUCGCCCGGAUGCCAUUAUCGUCAUCGGAGAGGGAGCACAAAUGGGGAUAAACGAGUGUCAGUUUCAGUUCAAAAAUGGGCGCUGGAACUGCUCUGCGCUUGGAGAGAGGACGGUCUUCGGAAAAGAGUUGAAAGUGGGUAUGUUGCAAAUCAAUUAAAGUUUGGUUAGAACAUUUUGAAAUGUAAUUUCAUCACUGAAAAUGUCCCCGUGUUUAUAUAGGCCUGAAGGUUCAUUGUGCGUCAAUAGCGCACUGUGGCGCAUGCAGCCAAAUGGCCCGUAUCUUUUUGAGAGCCUGCAUAUCUGUUCCAAUGAGAGUUGACACAAAUCGUUCCUGGCUUUUCAGAGUGUCAUUUACGGAUGACACAUUACGUGUGCGUUGAUAACAUGGACAGACUUUAGAGAAAGGUUAUUGCGGUUCAUUUGAGAACAUCAUGCUGUGGCAAUUACAAUAGUUCGAUUAGAGAUUUAAAAACGUUUCCCAAAGGCUAUAUACUAGAAGUAUCGACAGGGAACUUGUAACAGCAUACAACUUUUCCCCAAAACGUAAAUGCUCAUGAUUGGUGGACAGGCUGAAGCUGUGCAAUUUACAUCUCUAAAGUCUUACACUGGUCUUUCAAGAUAGAGACAGCGUGUGAGAGAAAGGAGGGGAACUAAACGAGUCCAGAAGGUAUCAGAAGCCAGCACAGUAACAAAGCUCUUGUGAACAUUGACAGCCUGUCUUUUCAGGUCAGUGUAGUCUCCCGAGGCACAUAUUCACUGCUCUUUAUCCUCUGUCACUGGGUGCUGUUGGCUCUCACUGUAAAGAAGGCGAUCUUACCACGGGUAUAAGUUACAAUAGAUGGAAAGUACAGUGGAAUAAAAGCUUAAAAUACUGCACUGGACAUACACAGGGGAGGAAUGAAAGAAUGGAAAGGUUAAAAUGAAGUACUGUAGCUACCUGGUUAGACAAUAGGUUUCACAGCAUUGAUGGAUGUCUUGGAUGUCUUUGGGGACAGAGGGAUGGCCUACAGUAGGUGCAGGUUCAUGGCUGGUAGACUGGAAGCUGAACUUUUUGAAGAAACACUUUCAGUUUUGGUUUUUCUGCUUCAAAACGUUUCCAUGUUGUGCCUAUCACACAUAUCCUGAAGUUGUCUGAAGGACUUCUUGGGGUAUUCCUCUGUGCAUAAUAAUGCGUAAUAUUCUCACUAUACUGACUGUACUGACUGUACUGACUGUAAUGACUGUACAGUUACAGUUACUCUGAAUAACACAACAGCUGAUGUUGAUCCCUGUGUGAUCAAAUAUUCAGGAGAUGGCUAAUCUGUGCAGAUUCUGUGGUACUCACCAGAUUGUUGCAUAUUCAGGUAGCAACUAGAACGUAAUCUAGGAUCUUAUCCUAUCCCAACCUCGAUUUGGGCUGUUCAGUAGAGUCACACACAAUAUAUAGCUAAUAGCAUUGUAAUAGAAAACGGUGGGUGUUUUAACCAUCAAGCAGCUAGACUAGAGUAUAGCUGCUUGUUAUCUCCUUAUCUCUUAUUUCCCUUCAUACAAUGUCUUACUAUAAAUCCACAACUAGUGCAUUCAAUGGGGGUUCAUAAUAUUAUUGGUUUGCACUAUGAAAAGCUCUUUGCUAUCUUUACAGCUGUUAGUGUGAAGGGCAUAAUCCUCUUCUGCUGUUCAAGUGAAAGCGGUUGUCUUUCACAAUAUGUUUUCUUCCUGAAUGAGGGGUUUAAGACAUUGAAGAGUCUGGCAUGGACAACCAUGCAAAAUAGAUUGGUUUCACUGAUCAGAAUAGAGGUUAGAAAUGAAUGCCAUUGUUGAUGUCUAGCGUGAGUGUGGUGGAGCUUGCAAGCUCUCGCUUGUGGCAGCCUAAGAAAGGGUUUAUGUUUGCAGGGGCGCAAGGUGCAUCUAAUGUAUUUUGUGCAUUCCAGAUCAACCAACAUGCAUAUGUACAGUGAAAACUAAAAUAACAUUUGAUAUGACUUAAUUAAAAGAGACUAUUCUACACUUGGUGCAAUGAGAGUAAUCAUAAUCAAUUUGCAUAUGGCUCUUACUAUUUACUCACUUCAAACAGCAUAAAGCGUUGAUUCCGUUGCUUUUAGGUCUUUCCACUCAGGUCUCAUGACAAAGUACUGAAGAAUUCCUACCAUCCUUUGUUUUGAACAAAUGCACAAGGAACUCCUGGGGAAAAAUGUACAACGGAGCAGUUAGAACUGACUGCCAGGCACACCUUCUUUUUUGGCUCGGGGCCCAUCGAAUCUAUAAAAACUUCCACAUAAUUGAUGCCUCAAUGUGAGGUUUUCUUUCAAUGGCAAGGGCACAGAUCAAAGAAGUUUAUCAAAAACAGGGCAGCAGCACCUAGUGAAUCUGGGUUCACCAGGAAGUACAGAGGAAGGUAUCAUGUUUGUUUUGAAGAAAUGUGGAGUAGUUUGUUUACAUAGAUAUGAUGGAUAUUGCCAUCAGUAGCUGGUUGUUUGUAUAUACCGAACUGCAGAUGCAGGUAUUUCACUCUAUAUGCAUGCAUACACAGAAUUCCUAUUUGGUUAAUAUACGAUUAAUAUUGAUAACUGCAACCCAUUUGUUUGCGUCAGGAGAUAACAUUAAACUAAACAAACACAUUGGAAAACGGCACAUGGAUGCACUUUACAGUAAAAAUUGGUAUUGGUAUAAGCCAGUUUCCCACUUCCCUAUUUACUUGUUGGACCUUAAAAUAGAUGCUAUGACUAAGAACUUCUAACAAGAAGCUCACUCUUUAAAUCAUGACAGGUUAACCUUUAAUUAUUUGCUGAUAAUUCAAACAUCCCAGUGUGCGUAAAUUAUUUCUUCGGUGGACCUGGGAGAGAUAACCUUUGAAUCAAGAUCCUCCCUGCAAGAAUACACAGAGCGUACCAGGCUCUGAUCGGAUCAAUAGCUCUUCCUUCACCACAGCCUUCUCAUUCAUACUGCUUUAUUGACUAGGAAGUUCACAGACAUUUUGGUUCAAAGGCAGGCCAGUUUCCAGGUCAGUUUUCAGAUGACUGUAGUCCUUGACUGGUUGGUCUGACAAAGAUUCUGUUAUAAGCACUGACACUUAAUGGUUAAACUGCUCUCAAGUUGCUAUUUUCAACAUACAGUAUACAGUAUAUGUCUGCUAAAUGACUAAAAAAAUUUAACAAAAAUAAUAUAUUUGAUAUACACCAUGUAGACGGAAGUAUGUAAUGGAAAUCCAGAUUUCCUUCCCCCAUCCCUGUGUCAUUUAUCAAGUUAUGAAACAUACAGCUGUAGCACCAUGCAAAAAUAUGAAUUCUCCCAGAUAUCUGAUAUCUCCCAGAUAUCACACCAGUUUACACAUUCAAACGAUUAAGCACAAGUCAGUGAAAUACUAAGUCCCAUCUGUGUUCUCUCCUAGGCAGUAAAGAGGCUGCGUUCACCUACGCCAUCAUCGCGGCCGGCGUUGCCCACGCCAUCACUGCAGCCUGUACUCAGGGGAACCUGAGUGACUGCAGCUGUGACACGGAGAAGCAGGGUUUCUACAGUAAAGGCCAGGGCUGGAAGUGGGGCGGCUGUUCAGCAGACAUCAGCUACGGCCUGGGCUUCUCCAAGGUGUUCGUUGACGCCAGAGAGGUCAAACAGAAUGCCAGGUCUCUCAUGAACCUGCACAACAAUGAAGUGGGACGCAAGGUACGUGACCACGCCACUUCCUUUUUCUCUCUCCAUAGGGAAGGAUUUUAGAGGGUACAAAUUUCAUCCCAGCAAACCUAAACUGGAUCCCGGAAUAUUUCAUUAGGUUGUGGGAAAGAUGCAGGACCAUAAAAAAAAAAAAGGUUAAAUACAGCAAAAUCUGGGGGUAGUUCACUCAACAACAAAAAAUACCACUUUUUGUGGUAAGAAAACUAAAAUUGAUUAUUUUGGAUGCAUUGCUUUAUUCUCUUAUAUGCUUUAUUCUCUUAUAUGUCACAUGAUCCAUUCGAAGGUUCGGAAUUCCGACCCAGUUGUCAGUGCUGUGCAGCACAACCCGCGAUCAGAGUUGACAGAAUAUUUAAGGGAACCCUAACCUCUCCCUGACCAGUUUCAACUGAAAUUGUCCCCCAUGAACUGUGCUAGCUAGCUUAGUUCCUUGCUAGCUUGGUUAGCUUGUUCCUAGCUAGCUAGCUAGCUGUGUUUGUGUUUGCAAUGUCAUUUUGGCUAGUUAGGUAAAUUGUACAGGCUGCAUUUCUUCUAUAUCCUUGCUGUUACAAUAACCAAACGUUGGAUAAACAAAUUAUUUGUGAAACCAAGAUGUAAUGCAGCAGAUGACAUGGGGUGAGAUUAGAAUUCUCAAACAAGCAGCCUCAAUCUAAUUGGCUGUUACAUGCAAUUGUAAUCAGGUUUGAGUUGCUUCAUGUAACAGCAAAGUUGCUUGAGAUGAUGUCACUUGCAACCUGCAACUGCACCUAAAAUUACGUGAAAGUAAGAGAAGAGUAAAGUAAAGACUGAAUCUAAAUCUUAGACCAAAGUGUUGGUUAACUACAGGGCCUACCGAAUACAGGCUAAGCCUCAGUAACCAUGGUUGUUGUGAUUUAGUAGUCUCCGCCAUGCUUAGGAGCGGCUGGACCUUGCCAAGGAUCUGGGCAUUGGGGCCAAGAUUAAACAGGCAGUGAAAUAAAGGGAAGCUUUUAGAGGGGAAGAGCAGUUUAAGUGGCAGGGUUUGAUUACGACCCAGAUCUCUGGGCUGAAAACAGAUUGACACUGUACAAAAAGGAAUUAGCCUGCUCCCCUAUGAUCUGCACUGUUGGGAUACAGUUACUUCAUGUUUAUCGCAAUUCCUAAAUUCCUUGGUUUGUCUGAUGUCCUAGAGCCAAGCGCUUAUCAUGUGUAAUAGUCUUCUGCCACGGGUUGCUGUGUGGUACUUAGUAUUGUCCAUAACCUCUCCCAACGUCAUAUAAUCAUAUCUACUGUAUCACUAUGUCUCAUGGCAGCAGUUACCUGCCUAACAGAGACUUUAUGUUAACUUGUGUGAUACACCUGCUGUUUUAUUGGGUUUGUAGUCUGUCAAUGACUCACAUCGUGGCAAAUCCCUAGAAACAACCAAGAUGUAUCAAGGACUAGGGACUGUUCACAUUCUCAGAUCAAGGCUCCUGUGCAUCCAUGGCUGCAGCAAAUAGUAGAUCAGCUCCAAGACUCCAGCAAGUCUGGAGGUCAAAGAAUGAGCGGAAUAAUUGUACCAAACAACUUGGGGCGAGGCUCUUUAGCAGUACACUGGAGUUAGUGAAGAGGAAAGAAGCACCUCUCCCUCCAGAGUCAAGCCUUACCCCUCUCUCCUCUCUCUGUGCCACAGAGGCCUGAUUCAAACCACCAACACGUACCCAGACAGACUGAAAAGCCUCCACUCACACAUUGUGCUCAGCAGCUCACUGUUGCCUUUCUGUGUGGGGCCUGAAUUCAGCCCCGCUUAUCUAGACAGCUAAAUUGCCUCUCACAGGGAAACAGGCUACACUCGUGGAUUCAGAUUAUCAGUUGGGCUUUUUCUUUUUUCCGUCUCCUUGGUAAUAAAUGGCCUCUCUGUUUUGAUAGUUAUCCCCCCCUUUAUUUAUGCUAAUCAACGCAGUGACAUUGAGAAGGAGCGCAGUUCACAGCCCCCAGGUCCAAUAUGACCAGACAAAGCCUGUCACAAGUGUUGGUCACAAGGCUACUGAUGGAUUAGGAGCUGGGAUCCAAGUGUUGUCUGGUAUACCACGGAAAGCUAACUGCAUUUGUAUGCAUUUCCAGUACAAAGCACUAAAAUACAAAUUGUUUUAUUGAUUCUAGAAUCAAAUUGCAUUUGUGGAAAAGGAAAAUCCAUAUACAUUUUUCUUAUAUGACAUAAUUGAAGGUUUUUAACUUGUCGUUGAUUACGGGAACUCUCAAAAUCUCUAUCUAUCCUAGUAUGAAGAUAGUAGAAUGCCAAACAAGCUCCCUAUCCAUUUUAGUUCAAGGAAUUGGGACAAAUAGUGUAGCUAUAGUGUUGACUGUGCCUUUUCAAGUAUGUCACUGCAGACACUUGUAAUAGUCAUCGGAGCAGGCUUUAACAGUAAUAUCCACAUCAUUCAGCAGCUUGUGCAGUCACUCCUGACCUUACUGUGUUGUGUUGUGACUACACACGAGGAGACUGUAACCUGAUCCAGCAUUAUGGCUUCUGUGUACAGUCUGUAUAAAGCUACUGUUUUCUAAAGGGCUGUUGUAUUCAACCCUCACAAGUAGGUUGUUGCUGAUCUAAUGCUGCACUGUGGCGUACAAUGUUACCCACCUCCUAGACUUUAACAUACCUGAGUGUCAGAGUGUGUCACUGUGCAAUGUUGUUGUUUUCAAUGGGGUUGCAACAAUCAAACCAUGUAGGCCUAUAAUUGACUUCAACCUCCAAUGAGGAGAGAAUAUUUCGAUUUUGGAGGGAUAAUUUUCUGGUUAUUAUCACAAUGAACAUAUGAAACCAUUGGGGGCAUUAUCAUGCAUUAUAAGUUAAUUAUAUGCAUAAUAGUAUGGUAUGUUUGCAGAUGCUUUUCUAUAACCUUCAGCAGAUUGUUUGCAAGGUCUGUAAAGGUAACCUCUUUCCCGGUUGUUUGUGUGUCUAGAUUCUGGAGAAGAACAUGCAUCUGGAAUGCAAGUGUCACGGUGUUUCGGGCUCCUGCACCACCAAAACCUGCUGGACGACACUUCCCAAGUUCCGCGAGCUCGGCUACAUUCUCAAAGAGAAGUAUGCCCAUGCUGUGCACGUGGAACCAGUCAAAGCCAGCCGCAACAAGCGGCCCAAAUUCCUCAAGAUCAAGAAGCUCUACUCCUACCGGAAACCCAUGGACACAGACCUGGUGUACAUGGAGAAGUCCCCUAAUUACUGCGAAGCGGACCCGAUGACGGGCAGUGUGGGGACGCAGGGCCGGGUGUGUAAUAAGACUGUUAUGCAGCAGAUCAGCGACUGUGACCUGAUGUGCUGCGGACGGGGGUACAACACACACCAGUACUCCCGCGUGUGGCAGUGCAACUGCAAGUUCCUGUGGUGCUGCUACGUCAAGUGCAACACCUGCAGCGAGAGGACAGAGGUGUACACCUGCAAAUGACAAUAUUUAUUGGACCAUCAGAUGUGUGUAUGUUUGUAUGUGUGUG